AUGUCUGCCUCCUUCAUCGGUCUCUGUAUGGCCUCAAACAAGCCCCCCAGAGCUUGGUUUCAUCGACUGUCUCAGGCACUAGUUGCUAAUGGAUUUACAGCGUCCAAAACUGACUCUUCUCUCUUCUUCUACUCGAAUGGCGAGGCUCAGUUAUUUGUUCUUGUCUAUGUGGAUGAUAUUAUCAUGACAGAGGUAGCUUGCUCUCCUGUAGGUAUAACUCUUUGUCAGCGCAAGUACACUCUAGGCAUCUUGGAAGAGUCGGGAAUGGUAGGCCGUAAGCCAUCUCUAUUUCUAAUGCAACAACAACAUAUCCUUCUACUUGACUCGAGCUCUCUUCUUGAUGAUCCAGGCCAAUAUCGAAGACUUAUUGGUGUUGGGGAUUCAAAACAAUCAAAUCGAAUUCGUGCCCUUCCGAAUCUUGUGUUUGAGAGUUGA